CCGCGUCCUCCGACCGCGGCCAACACUGUUUAAUAGACGGGCUUCACUAGAUAUAACUUUGAGGUUUUGGUGCUUCUGUGUAGUUUGUGUUGGAGUCUGAGUCUGAACAGCGUAGCAUGGACAAACACAUGUUGCACUAUAGAUCCAUAACAAUCAAUUUGUUGUUUUCCCUCCUACUACUACUUGUUCUUCAGUAUCAGAGUACUUGUUGUUGUUGUUGUUGUUGUUCGCCCUCCGGUCCAGCUGGGUUCGCUGUUCGCUUCCGCCGCUUCGCUCUCGUCGCAGCGAACUGUCGUCUACGCGGAACUCCGCGUUUGGUGUCUGGUGUGUUUACGGCCCCGCUGGCUCUCUUUGUCCGCAGAAAAGGAGCAGAAUGUGCGCCGUGCAGCUGCUGCGGGUGUCGGUACAUGAGCGGAUCGGCGCCGCCGCUGAAGACGUUCUGCUGCGGGUGGAAAAAGGAGAAGAAGCGGCUGAAAUCCCGGCGCUGAGAGCGCUGCUCACCGAGCGGCUAACGGCGGCUGCGGAGGAGAUUGUCGGUCUGUUUGAGGAAACCGUGGCGGAGUACGAAGACAGAGCUGAGCGGUCAGAGCGGGAGAUCUGCCGCCAGAGGAGGCUGCUCGAUGCCGUGCUGAAGCCCCAAGUCAAGCUGACCAGAGCAGACGUCCAGCAGCUGUUGGUUGUAAAAGAAGAGCAGGAGGAGUGGAGCUCCAGUCUGGACCAGGAGGACCAAGAGCCCCCAUACAUUAAAGAGGAACAGGAGGAACUCUGGACCAGUCAGGAGGGAGAGCAGCUUCAAGGGCUGGAGGAGGCUGAUAUCACCAAGUUCCCAUUCACUCCUGUCUCUGUGAAGAGUGAAGAUGAUGAAGAGGAACCACAGUCCUCACAGUUUCAUCAAAGACAAACUGAACAGAUGGAAACAGAAGCUGAUGGAGAGGACUGUGGAGGACCAGAACCAGCCAGGAACUCAGAUCCAGAUAGACAUUUACAACCAGAUAAAAUCCCUGUCAGUGAUUUGAGAUGUAGAUUCAGCUGCUCUGAGUGUGGUAAAAGAUUUGGCACAAAGGGAACUCUGAGGGAACACAUGAGAACUCAUACAGGAGAGAAACCUUUCAGUUGCUCAGUUUGUAAGAAAUCUUUUACACAGAGAGGAAGUUUAGGGAAACACAUGAGAAUCCACACAGGAGAGAAAUCAUUCAGGUGCUCAGUUUGUAAGAAAGCUUUUACAGGGAGCCGAGAUUUACAGGAACACAAGAGAACUCACACAGUAGAGAAACCAUUCAGCUGCUCAGCUUGUGGUAAAGCUUUCAUUAAAAGUGGAGAUCUGAAGAAACACAUGAGAACUCAUACUGUAGAAAAAUCUUUCAGCUGCUCAGUUUGUAAGGAAUCUUUCUCACAGAGUGGAGAUUUAAGGAGACACAAGAGAACUCACACAGUAGAGAAACCAUUCAGCUGCUCAGCUUGUGGUAAAGCUUUCAGUGAAAGUGGAAAUCUGAAGGACCACAUUAAAACUACAGGAGAGAAAAGCUGCAGCGUUUGUGACCAAAGAUUCUCUUGGCUUGGAGAUUUCCAGCAGCUGUUGAUGAGUCAAGAAGAGGUUCCACCUGAGCGGCAGGAGUGGAGUUCCAGUCUGGACCAAGAGGACCCAGAGCCCCCACACAUUAAAGAGGAACAGGAGGAGCUCUGGAUCAGUCAGGAGGGAGAGCAGCUUCAAGGGCUGGAGGAGGCGGAUAUCAUCAAGUUCCCAUUCUCUCCUGUCUCUGUGAAGAGCGAAGAUGAUGAUGAUGAAGAGAAACCCCAGUCCUCACAACUUCAUCAAAGACAAACUGAACAGAUGGAAACAGAAGCUGAUGGAGAGGACUGUGGAGGACCAGAACCAGCCAGGAACUCUGAUCCAGAUAGACAUCUAGAACCUGAUACUGAUGACAAGACUGAUUCGUCUUCUGAACCUGAUGACAGUGUUGACAUUGAGUUUUGGAAAGACACCAGGAAGCAUCAGCCAGGGUUCACUUACCAGAGGAAUAAAAAAGUCUCUGUAAAUGACGGAUAUAAUACUGGUGAUAAACCAUUCAGCUGCUCUGAUGACAAGGCUGAAACUGAACCCAAGACUGAUGACUGUGUUGAUGCCAGAGAUUUUAGCAAACAGAUCAGGCAACCUCAAUCAGGUCCAAACCAUCUGAACACUGAGGAAGUCUCUGUCAGUGAUACAGGAUGUAACACUGACAAGAAACCAUUCAGCUCCUCUGAAGACGGUCACACUCUGCUGACACACAAGAAAUCUCCCACGGGAGAGAAACCAUUUGGUUGUUCAGUUUGUGGUCAAACAUUUGCCAAGCAUGAAAGCUUAAGUUCUCAUAUGACAUGUCACAGCGGAGAGAAACCUUUCCGCUGUUCAGUGUGUAACACAGGUUUCAGCGACAGCGAGGCUUUAGUUCAACACAUGAGGAUCCACACAAGACAAACACAGUUUAGUUGCCGAAUUUGUGGUGAAGAAUUUGCAUGGAGAAGAUAUCUGACAAAACACAUGGAAGUCCACAAAAUCUACAGAUGCAACGUUUGUGACCAAAGUUUUGCUUGGUAUUAUCAGUUGAAAUACCAUAAAUGUGUUGGUCGUCAGCCCUCACAGCUCCAUCAAACUGAAACUGAGGAGAACAGAGAGGCAGAGCCUCCAGCCAGCAGCUCAACUGAACAGAUGAAAACAGAAGCUGAUGGAGAGGACUGUGGAGGACCAGAACCAGCCAGGAACUCAGAUCCAGAUACUGUUGACAAGACUGGAGAUUGUUCUGAACCUGAGACUGAUGAUAGUGAGGAUUGGAAGGAGCCCAGAGAACCUCAGUCAGGUUUAAACUCUCUGAAUAAUGAUGAAGUUCCUGUCAGUGAUGAGAGAUGUAAUGCUGGUGAGAAACCAUUUAGCUGCUGUUUUUGUGGGAAAAGAUUCUUCCAGAAGGAAAAUCUGAAGAAACACAUAAGAAUCCACACAGGAGAGAAACCCUUCAGCUGUUCAGUUUGUGGGAAACAAUUCGGUGUCAAUGGAAAUCUGAAGAGACACAUGAGAACCCACACAGGAGAGAAACCUUUCAGCUGCUCAGUCUGUAAGAGAUCUUUUGCAGAGAGAACAUAUUUAAAGAAACAUAUGAGAAUUCAUAGAGGAGAAACCAUUGAACUGCUCAGUGUGUGACCAACACACUCUUCUCAUGUGAUCUUGCAAGUCCAGCUGCCUCACAAGGUAACACCAUAUGAGGAUAUUGAAGUUGUCAAUACAGAGACGGAGGAGGCAUCCCAACCAACCCGAGAUGAGCAAGAACUACCAUGUUACAUGACUACCAGACAUCUGCAUACUGUAGUUUAUUUAGUUUUUUCAGCUUUUUGAACUGAAAGAUGAGUAAAUCUUGCUGGAAAAAUCAAGUCUUUUUUUCUUUUGGUAUUCUCUGACAUAGAAAUGUGUGGGAUUUUUAUAUCACUGACUGACGUCAGGCUGGUAUUUAUUCACACCUGUUAACCUUAAAACCUCUAACAGUUGAAGUUGUUGUUCUCAGGAGCCUUAAAGCUUCCAUUUUGAAAGAAUUUUAGUUUUACUGAACCAGCGCUAGUUCUUAGUUUUCUUUGGAAAUUUAACCGUUUAUGUUGUAACAUUUAAUGCAUAUUGUUUACUGCUUAUAAUAUCAUGUUACCCAGCUGUUUUGUGUCGUUUUGACUGUUAAAAUAUAUGUUUUCAUUUAACUUUUUAGGAACAAUUUGUAUUAUGGCAGGCCGCCCUGUGUCAUGUGACCAACGUAGAGCUGCAGAGAUUCUGGCGUCCAUUCUCUUAUGUUAAUUCUGUUAUUUAGCAUGUUUAGGAGCAGAGGUGUAGAAAAAGACCUUAAGGCAUUUAAUGGGUUAUAUAUUGUCUGCAGGUUUGUGUUUUCCUUUGUUAAAUGUUAUAAUUUUUGUUGUCUCUGUUUAGUCAACCCUGUGCACCUUUUCACUUUGCCCACCAGGUGUCACUGUUUUGCCUCUUAUAUAUAAUUUUUCAUGGUUUUGAGUAGAUUAGUUUUUUUACUUUAUGUUAGACAUUUUCCUGUCCAUUUAAAUAGCUCUCCACUAGUAAUGUACUACACAGUAAUGUAAUACACUAAGCUGUAAUGUCAAAAUAAUGUAUCUAUGUAUUUUAGGAUAAAGAAUGAAAUCUA